AAACAAUAAAUUUCAGAAUCAUGGACGGAACAAUAUUGUCACAAAUUGAAAAAUAAAUAAAAAAUCGGAUCAAAUUUGCGGAAAAGAAAUUUCAUUCAUUUACCCAAAAAUUAUUUUAUAUAAUUUCACAACAACCCCUCUUGAAAUAUGAAUUUCGUCUCAAGCCCUCCUUUCUCUUUCCCGCUAUUCCCCAAAUUAAACCACCCUAAUGCAACCCCAUUUUUUCACCGGAAAAUCCAUCGCCCAUCUCCUGAGCAAACGUCCUCCAAUCUUUCCGAUCAAGCAAAUUCACGCGCAGAUCAUCACUCAAUCGCACGUGCUAUCACGUGAUCUUUCUCUGACCGAUUCGCUCAUCCACUGCUACCUUCACUCCAACAAUCUCGGUUCGGCGAGAAUCUUAUUCGACAACCACCCUUUGCCUCCGCCGCCGACUCUGAUAUGGAAUCUCGUGAUUCGCGCUUACUCGAAACUCCGACAUUCUUCAGAACCCAUCCGCCUUUUCCGUCAAAUGCUCGAUACUCGGUCGAAACCCGACAAGUAUUCCUUCACUUUUGUGAUCUCUUCAUCUGCUCGUCGGAGUUCGGUUGUGCAUGGGCAGAUUGUUCAUGGGAUGGUGGUGAAAAAUGGGUAUUUGCAGAACUUGUACGUGGCUAAUUCUUUGAUUAGUAUGUACGCUGUUUUUGCCAGGGUGGACGAUGCAUGCAAGGUGUUUGAAGAAAUGCCUGACAGAGAUGUAUUUUCGUGGACUAGCUUAGUCGGUGCUUAUACCAAGAAUGGGAAUAUGCAGAGAGCAAGCAAUAUUUUUUGGGAGAUGCCGUUGAGAAACGAUGUGUCUUGGGCUGUAAUGAUUUCGGGUUUUGUUAGCUGUGGGAUGUAUAAUCAAGCUCUCGAGUAUUUUCACAAUAUGAUUAGUAAAAUGAAGCCAAACGAGGCUGUUCUCGUCUGUGCUCUCUCCGCCUGUGCUAACCUCGGCUCUUUCGAUCGAGGGAACUGGAUUCACGUUUAUAUAGACAAGACACGUAUUCCGGAAACUUCCAAUAUUACGACUGCACUUAUCGAUAUGUAUUCCAAGUGUGGGAGAAUAGAUCACGCGUAUCGAGUUUUCGACAAGAUUCCGCGUCGAGAUGUUCAGAAUUUCACUAGCAUGAUAUCGGGGUUAUCGAUUCACGGGCUCGGCAAGCAAGCUAUACGCGUGUUUCAUCAAAUGCUAGCCGAAAAAUUGAAGCCGAACGAAAUAACUAUUUUGGGAGUUCUAAACGGAUGCAGCCAUACAGGUAUUAUCCAGCACGGCUCUUCGAUUUUCUACAACAUGGAGAAUUUGUGGGGACUCGUGCCCAAGAUUGAGCACUAUGGUUGUUACAUCGAUUUGCUUGGCCGUGCUGGAUUCUUGGCAAAGGCAUUUGGGAUGGUGAAAAACAUGCCGAUUAGCCCCGAUUUAGUUAUAUGGAGGGCUUUACUUAGCGCGUGCAGAAUUCACCGUAGUUCUUGUUUCGGGGAGCGUGUAAUGAACCAUUUAGAGCAACUCGACCUUCAAAGUUGUGCUGGAGGUGAUGUGCUAUUAUCCAAUUUAUACGCUUCGUUAGGAAAAUGGGAAAACGUUGCUCGAGUUAGAAAGACGAUGGGGAAGGAAAAGAACAGAUCGGAAAUAGGGUGUAGUUGGAUUGAGGUUAAUGGUUUCGUUCACGAGUUUCGAGUUGCGGAUUCGCACCAUCCGCAGAUAGAUGAGAUUCGAGAGAAAUUGAGUGAAGUACUGAAACGAGUUGGGUUAGUUGGUUAUGCAGUUGAUUCGACAAAUGCGUCGUUCGAUUUGAGCGAGGAAGAUAGAGAGCAAGCGGUGGCUUUGCAUAGUGAAAAACUAGCUGUUGCGUUCGGACUUAUGAAUACUGCGCGUGGUGAUUCUAUUCGAAUAAUGAAGAAUUUAAGAACUUGUGAGGAUUGUCAUACUGCUCUCAAAGCGAUUUCCGAAGUUUACGAGAGAGAAAUUAUUGUGAGAGAUCGGUCUCGUUUUCAUACUUUUAGAGGUGGGGAAUGUUUGUGUGUGGACUAUUGGUAGCGGUCGAUUAUUCGGACAUGAACGAGGAAUUUAUGCUCUUUUUUUCUUUUCUUUUUUA